CACACACAGUAGAGAGAUUUCAAGAUCUCCUUCUUCAUUUUCCCCCAAAUCCCAUUCUCACCGACUCAUCUCCGGCGGAUCUAUCCAUUCAAUCCACAAAUCUAGGGUUUCCAAUUUCUAUUUAUUAGCCCGAAUUCGAAUUAACCUUAGAAAAUGAGUGAUAGUAGAUGGAAAAAUCGAAGUAAUAAUAGAGAUGGAGAUUCAUCGCGAAGUUUUAAGAAGCAGAAAUUUGUUAAAAAUGUUGAGGAAGAAAGAGAAAGUAAAUUAGGGUUUGAUGUUUUCUCUGAAGGUGAUAAGAGAUUGGGAUGGUUACUCACUUCAUCUUCUUCAUCGUGGGAAGACCAAGAGACGAGGAAGGUUUAUAGUUGUGUGGAUCUCUAUUUUGUUUGUCAGGAUGGGACUACGUUUAAAUCGAAGUAUAAAUUUCAACCUUAUUUCUAUGCGGCAACCAAACCUAAAAUGGAAACGGGUGUGGAGGCAUAUCUUAAACGACGAUAUGAAGGGCAAAUUGCUGAUGUAGAAAUUGUAGAGAAAGAGGACCUUGCUUUAAAAAACCACUUAUCUGGCAUGCGAAAGUCAUAUCUCAAGAUAUCCUUCGACACUAUUCAGCAUUUGAUGCAUGUAAAAAAUGAUUUACUGCACGUUGUUCAAAGAAACCAGGAAAAGAAUGAUGCUGCGGAAGCAUAUGAAUCGAUAUUAUCUGGAAAGAGCAACCAAAGACCUCUAGAUUUUAUAGAUUGCAUUGUUGAUCUCCGGGAGUAUGAUGUUCCGUAUCAUGUACGGUUUGCUAUUGAUAAAGACAUAAGGUGCGGUCAGUGGUAUGAUGUUAGUGUAUCCAGCGCUGGUGUUAUUCUUGAGAGAAGAACAGAUCUUUUACAACGUGCUGAAGUUCAUGUUUGUGCAUUUGAUAUUGAGACAACAAAGCUUCCUUUGAAAUUUCCUGAUGCUGAAUAUGAUCAAGUAAUGAUGAUAUCGUACAUGGUGGAUGGGCAAGGGUACCUUAUAAUUAAUAGAGAGUGUGUGGGGGAGGAUAUAGAAGAUUUGGAGUACACUCCCAAACCAGAAUUUGAAGGAUGUUUCACAGUGAAAAAUGUGAAAAAUGAGGUCGAACUCAUCAAACAAUGGUUUUCACAUAUGCAAGAGGUGAAACCUGGUAUUUACGUGACGUACAAUGGAGAUUUUUUUGAUUGGCCUUUUCUUGAAAUUAGAGCAGCACACCAUGGACUUUCGAUGAGUGAUGAGAUAGGAUUUCUAUGUGACAGAAAUCAAGGGGAAUGUCGUGCUAAAUUCGCUUGCCAUAUGGAUUGUUUUGCUUGGGUCAAACGUGAUAGUUAUCUCCCUCAAGGAAGCCAGGGUCUAAAGGCUGUUACUAAGGCCAAGUUGGGUUAUGAUCCAUUAGAAGUCGAUCCUGAGGAUAUGGUUCGCUUUGCCAUGGAACAACCACAGACAAUGGCGUCUUAUUCUGUAUCAGACGCUGUUGCAACUUACUUCCUUUAUAUGACAUAUGUUCAUCCGUUUAUAUUCUCGCUUGCUACAAUUAUACCUAUGCCGCCUGAUGAGGUAUUGCGGAAAGGAAGUGGUACUCUUUGUGAGAUGCUUCUUAUGGUUCAGGCUUACAUGGCAAAUGUUAUCUGUCCUAAUAAACACCAAGCAGAGCUAGAGAAGUUUCAUAACAACCAGCUUUUAGAGAGCGAAACUUAUAUUGGUGGCCAUGUGGAAUGUCUUGAAAGUGGUGUUUUCAGAUCUGAUCUACCCACUAAAUUUCAACUUGAUCCAGCUGCUUAUGAGCAAUUAAUCUGCAACCUUGAUCGUGAUCUUCAAUAUGCAAUAAGAGUAGAGGGUAAGAUGGAUUUGGAUUCAGUCUCCAACUAUGGCGAAGUAAAGAACGCUAUCCUUGAAAAGCUAGAGAUGCUGCGUGAUGAGCCCAUACGCGAAGAGCCCCCACUUAUAUAUCAUUUAGAUGUUGCUGCAAUGUAUCCAAAUAUCAUUUUAACAAAUAGGCUUCAGCCCCCUUCGAUAGUUUCAGAUGAAAUCUGCACCGCAUGUGACUUUAACCGCCCUGGAAAAACCUGUCUGCGGACUCUAGAAUGGGUUUGGCGUGGAGAAACCUUCACCGCAAAGAAAAGUGACUAUUAUCAUUUGAAGAGGCAAAUUGAGUCUGAGCUAGUUGAUAAUGUACGUGGUCAAAUAGCAAAAUCUUUUCUAGACCUUCCCAAGACUGAGCAACAAGUAAAACUGAAAGACCGGCUAAAGAAGUAUUGCCAAAAGGCAUAUAAAAGGGUCCUCGACAAACCAGUCACAGAGGUGCGAGAAGCAGGGAUAUGCAUGCGUGAAAAUCCUUUUUAUGUUGACACAGUUCGUAGUUUCAGGGAUAGAAGGUACGAAUAUAAAGGACUUAAUAAAGUCUGGAAGGGGAAACUAGGAGAUGCAAAGGCCAUUGGGAAUUCUAUAAAGAUCCAGGAAGCACAAGAUAUGGUAGUUCUCUAUGAUUCUUUACAGCUUGCUCACAAAUGUAUUCUAAAUUCCUUCUAUGGAUAUGUCAUGCGAAAGGGUGCAAGAUGGUACUCGAUGGAAAUGGCUGGUGUAGUUACUUAUACCGGAGCAAAAAUAAUUCAGAAUGCUCGUGUAUUAGUUGAAAAAAUUGGGAGACCAUUGGAGUUGGAUACAGACGGUAUCUGGUGUGCACUUCCUGGGUCUUUUCCAGAGAACUUUACCUUCAAAACAAAAGACUUGAAGAAAAAGUUGACAAUCUCGUAUCCUUGUGUCAUGCUUAAUGUUGAUGUCGCAAGAAACAACACAAAUGAUCAAUACCAGACACUCGAAGAUCCUAUCAAUAAGACAUAUACUACACAAAGCGAAUGCUCUAUUGAAUUUGAAGUGGAUGGUCCAUAUAAGGCGAUGAUCCUACCAGCUUCAAAGGAAGAGGGGAUAUUAAUUAAGAAGCGGUAUGCUGUUUUUAAUGACGACGGAACCAUUGCGGAGCUUAAAGGUUUUGAAAUUAAGCGUAGAGGUGAGCUUAAGCUCAUCAAAGUUUUCCAGGCCGAGGUUUUCGACAAGUUCCUCGAUGGGCAAACCCUCGAGCAAUGUUAUUCGGCAGUUGCAGCUGUUGCUAACCGCUGGCUUGAUCUUCUUGACAAUCAAGGAAUCGAUGUUGCUGAUAAAGAGUUGCUUGAUUACAUAUCGGAAUCAAGCACCAUGAGUAAAUCUUUAGCAGACUAUGGAGAGCAGAAGUCGUGUGCUGUGACCACUGCAAGGCGACUUGCUGAUUUUCUUGGUGAUGCAAUGGUUAAAGAUAAAGGACUCCGUUGUCAGUAUAUAGUUGCACGUGAGCCACAAGGAAGUUCAGUAAGUGAACGUGCGAUUCCAGUUGCAAUAUUUGGGUCUGAUGUUAUGGAGCAUUAUGUGCGGAAGUGGUGCAGAAUAUCAUCAGUUGGGGACUUCCGAUCCAUAGUUGACUGGUCCUAUUAUAAGCAGCGACUUGGUUCAACAAUUCAAAAAAUUAUUACUAUUCCUGCAGCUAUGCAAAAGGUUGCGAACCCUGUCCCAAGAGUAAUUCAUCCUGAUUGGCUACAUAAAAGAGUUCGUGAAAAGGAUGACAAGUUUCGCCAACGGAAAUUGGUUGAUAUGUUCAGUCCGAUGAUAAAAGGUCAUAAUGCUCAAACGGAUACUAACGAUGUGGGGGAAGAAGCAGGCAUUGAAGAUCUAGAGGAUUUCGGAAACAAAGGUGUCGGUUCUGAAAUUGGACCGAGGCCUAUAGUUCGCAGCUACGAAGUCAACAAAGGACAGUCAGCAGAGCAAUUUUCUCCGCGGGUUUCCCUUGAACAGUCAACUACCAUCACCUAUGAAAAUAUUGACAGGAAUGUUGAUUAUCAGGCGUGGCUUGCGGUAAAGAAGCGAAAAUGGAAAGAUACCCGCGAGGAAAAAAAUAGGUUGAAGAGAUUCCGUCAGUCAGAUGGCAUCUCUGAGUUGCCUGCUGCCAUUCACACACGUAAAAAAGGUCAAGGUCUGAAUGGAGUUAGUUCAUUUCUUAAGAGAAAUGAACUGUCGCUUGCUCGAACAUACUGGCAGAUACUACAGCUUGUUCCGUGUCCAGAAGCUGGUCACUUUUUUGCUUGGGUUGUAGCUGACGGUAUGAUGCUCAAGGUUCCAAUUCAUGUUCCUAGAGUAUUUUACCUCAACACGAAAGCACCAAUCACAGAAGAAUUUCCUGGCAAGCGUGUGAACAGAAUCCUUCCACAUUCUCAUCCUAGCUUUACUCUAAUUGAGGUGGUAACUGAAGAAGACCAGUUUAAAUUGGAAAGGAAGAAACUGGCUGCUCACCUUGCAGACCCGGAAGUUGAGGGUAUAUAUGAGACAAAGGUGCCAUUAGAAUUUAAUGCUAUCCUUCAGAUUGGUUGUGUAUGUAAAGUGGACAAGGUGGCUAAAAACCGAAACCCUCAGGAAGGUUGGAAACUGGAGGAACUGCAAAUGAAGACCACUACAGAAUGCUCUUAUCUGGCACAAUCCAUUGGUUUCUUCUACUUGUAUCACAGCAUAUCUGAAGCCCGAGCAAUUUAUGCAACAUAUUUUCCUGCAUCUAGUACAAUAAUAGUUAUCGUGGUCAAUCCUUUCCAAAACAAAGAAUUAACCACGUCUAUUUUAGAGAAGCAAUUUCGUGAAGCGUGCCAAGCAUUAUCUGUUGAACCUUCUUUGUCUGGAAAAAAAUGCACUUCCAAGGUGGAGUAUGUUGGACAUGUCAAAGAUGCUGAAAGGCUUUUGCAAAGAGCAAUCAUUGAUUACAGACAUGAACAUCAUGGACCUGCAAUUGGUGUCAUUGAGUGUCCAGAUGUUCAUUCAGUAAGGUCAGGAAUACGUGUUCUCGAUGAUUUCCCAUGUGUCAGCAUUCCUUGCAAUGCCCGUGAUAGCAACUAUCAGGCCCUUGGGUGGCAAAUCAUUGCUGCAAAAAUUGGAAUGCAACGAUGUGCUGCAUCUUCCCAGUGGUUGAAGGAGAGAAUCUCACUUUCAAGAUAUGCACAUGUUCCGUUGGGGAAUUUUGAACUUGAUUGGCUUCUAUUUACAGCGGAUACGUUCCUUUCUAGGGCUUUGCGUGAUCAGCAACAGUUAUUAUGGAUAUCUGAUGAUGGCAUUCCAGAUCUAGGAGGCAUUAAUGAGGAUGAUACAUGCUUUGCAGAUGAAGUCAGCCAUCCUGUUCUUACCUACCCCGGAGCCUAUCGAAAAGUCUCCGUGGAGCUAAAGAUUCAUCACCUGGCUGUAAAUGCUCUUCUGAAGAGCAACCAAAUCAAUGAGAUGGAAGGAGGAGCCUUGUUUGGAUUUGACCUUGAUAUUUCUGGAGCACAUGAACAAAGUGGCCUUGAUGAGGCUGGUGCAUGUGCAUCUGCAUUUCGUGUGCUUAAGCAGUUGAUUCAGAGAUGCAUUCAGGAUGCAAUCAAAUUUGGAAAUGUAUACGCCGAUGCAUUACUGCAACAUCUCUACAGAUGGUUUUGUAGUCCACAGUCAAAACUCCAUGAUCCAGCUCUGCACCGGGUAUUACACAAGAUCAUGGAGAAGGUGUUUGCUUUGUUGCUUGCUGAGUUCCGGAAAUUAGGGGCAAAAAUCAUAUUCGCGGACUUCUCGAAGAUUAUUAUUGACACUGGAAAGUCAGAUCUAUCUGCUGCUCAAGCUUACUGUGAUUGUUUAUUAAAAACACUGCAGACCAGAGAUCUUUUCGAGUGGGUUGAGCUUGAACCCCUGCACUUCUUCCACUCAUUGCUAUUCAUGGAUCAGUACAACUAUGGCGCGAUCCAGGCUAAAGCCGAUGGAGCAUCUUCUGCAGAUGUUUCAAAGGCUCCUGAUGAUUGUAUAGCAGAUGAACCCCAGAUUGACAUUGUAUCGAACUGGAAUAUAUCAGAGUACUUGCCGAAGGUGACUCAGGAUCAUUUUAUUUUAAUUGUCUCCGAAUUUUUGUAUAAACCAUGGAGGUAUGCACAAGAGCAAGCUGCAGUUAGAGCAUCCUCAGUAGAUGGCAGCCUGUGCACUCCGUCAAUAACCGGUGCAGCUGCUGAGUCUUUUGAAAUACAGCUGACAGCAUAUCUUAAAGAGCAGGUCAGCUCCUUUUUUACGGAGAAACUUCUUAAGAUUGUACGUGAUAUCACUCAACAUUUUAAGACGAAUAAAUCUAGGAAUGAUGGGCAGCAAUCUCAUGAAUUGCCUCAUGUAGCUGGCUCCAGCUCACAUACAGGGGAUGCUGCAUUAGAUUUCAUUAAGCAUGUCUGUGCUGUUCUUGCUCUUGACCGUAGUGUUCAACAUAACGCUCUGGUGCUGAGAAGGAACCUCUUAAAAUUUGUCCGUGUUAAGGAGUUUGAUCCAGUAGCAGAGUUUCGAAACCCCUGUGUGUCGUUCACCUUACCAAAUGUGAUUUGCAGCUACUGCAAUGACUGCCGAGACUUGGAUCUAUGCCGUGAUUCAGCUUUACUUUCAGAUGAGUGGCGAUGUGCUGUACCACAGUGUGGGCAGCCUUACAACCGUGAGGUGAUGGAGAAUGCACUUCUCCAAAUAGUUCGUCAGAGAGAACGCCUCUACCAUAUUCAGGAUCUCGUGUGUCUCAAGUGCAACCAUAUAAAAGCUGCCCAUUUAGCUGAACAAUGCAAGUGUGCUGGCGCAUUCAAGUGCAAAGAAGAUGCAUCUGAAUACCACAGCAAAAUGCAAGUUUUCCUAAAUAUUGCUGUUCGUCAAAAUUUUCAACUUCUUCAAGAGGCCAUCUCAUGGAUAUUAGAAGUUCAAUAAUGGUUCACAAUACAUUUCCAAUUCAUCUGUAGAUUUUUGUGUACAUAAGUUGUCCGAGCAGAUUAGAAGCACCAAACUGUAAAUAUCCUAACCCUCAUCAUAGAGUGAACUUAGUAGGCAUGAGCAAUUCAGAACUAGAGGAUGAACAUAUCUGCAAGGUUUUUGACUAUCAUUAUUUAUUUAUCCCGGUUUCUUCAAUGCAUCUUUGUGAGUGUAUCUGUAAGCCUCUGUAACAUUUUCUAAUUACAAAUAGUAAUAGCUUAAAGAGAAUUGCAAUGUCUCAACAAGAGAAAACUGACACAUCUCUGUAUUCAACCUGGUAACGCUAUUAAAUAAUUUCCUUUUUUGCU